GAAGGGGAAGGGGUCGUCAUUUCGGCCCAGCAGACAUCAGCUGUGCUGGUUGCUGUUCAGUCCGUUCAAAAUUAGGCACUUUACCACUUAAGUAGCUCCAUUUUUCGUCUUUUCUAUUUUUCCUAAAAAAAUAUAGCCGGUUACCAGGAUGGGUACUGCGUAUACUCAUUUCAUGCACCCGGGUACCAUACCAAUGGGUGAUUUUCAAGAAUCCAAGUUCGACCCACUGUUCGGAUUUGAGGCAACUGGAAGAAAAACGCGAGAAAUGGAGGUGACAGAAUUACAAAUGGAUAACCACAAUCUACCUGGGGACCGACGAGAUUUUUGUGCUAAACCACUCAUGGAGUGGCAGAAAUGCAUGUAUGAAAAUUAUCCGUUCUUCACCAAAUGUGCCCAUUAUACACAUGCAUAUGGUUGGUGCGAGUAUGAAGAUUACGUAGUAAGGAUGAAGGAAUAUGAGCGUGAGAGAAGAUUAAUGGCGCGUGCUGCACGUGUGGGUCCUGAAAGGGCUGGAUACAAGGUAUCAGCUGUUGAAAGCUAAUCAAUGACAUUUUGGGUUCUCAAUUUGUAGUUGAUCAAAGUACGUUGUGUAUAUUGUAUAUUUUAAUUGAUAUGGCUGUCCCUCUAAAUUCUGAACUCUGAAUAAUGUCAACUCCAAAUGGAACGUCAGUUGCAUCUGUUGAAUAUGUGCUUUCUGCACUUUUUAUGUCAGUUCUAAAAAAGUUGUACUUUUUUGAUGGAAUAAAACUGGAAUUUUGUUGAAAAUAA